AUGGAAUUAUUUUUUGAGGCAGGAGUUUAUAAAGGCAUUGCGGUUCUCAAAUAUCUUGCCUCUGUGAAUCACACUGUGCCACCAGUAUCGAAGUCCAAAUUUUUGUGGGAUGAGGAUCGUCGACACUACGGACAGUUCUACAACACUGAUUUAAUACUUUUACAUCCAGUCAAACCUAGUUCACUCAGCAUUGCACGGAAUCGCAAGAAGUGA